AUUUGAUCCCAUUGCGAUUUGUUAACAUUGUUUAUUCACGAAGACAUGACAGAAAUAUUUCAAAUCGAAUCGUAAACGCUGGAUCGUUGGCAUUCAUGAUUUCUAAAGUUUUAAUGUCUAAACUUUCAUAGUGAAUAAUUAAAUCGAGAAUUGUGAUUAAUGGAAAGAACAUAUCCCAGUGGCACCGGUGCUGGUUGUUAAAAUACCCCUUUGCUCCAUUUUAAUUGUCCAUUCCGAGCAUUCUCCACACAGAAUCGACAUUUAUCCACAAUUUAAACGUCGCUAUUAUUAUUACUGUAAUGUAUACAUAAUUGUCUAAUUCAUAAAUUCGAAGAACUGUGGAAGAUUCUGCUCUGAGAAUCAGUAGUAUCACCUUUAAGGUUAAGCUCGAUGUCAUCCGCCAUGAAGAUUCAGUACUCCUCACCCGACGGAACCGUCAAGAAACAAGUCAUAACUCGUGGCUCAAUUACGAAUAAACCAAUGGAGGGAUCGAUAUGUCACCUGCACAUUGAGAACCUGGAAGUACUCCCCGCAGACUCCCUCGACUUAUCCACCCAACACAGCGAAAUUCUGUCAUGCAAGCCAGAUGUUGUUAUCACAGUGGACGAAGUAUUGUCAGAGAUCGAUAAUAAGAUUGAAAGAGCGAUCAAAUGGAUGGGUGAACACGAGGUAGCUUUAAUCACCAUAAGUCUUCCAUCUCCCAACGACUCAAUAACAAUAAAAUUCAAAGCAACAUUGACGAAACAUAUACCAACGAAACCUAUCUGGCUGUGGACCCCAGAAGAAAAAUACCAGACAGCUCUGAAGUACAAAAACAUGGCAGUAUCACUGGUUCGUGACAACAGACUGAAAGACGCCUUCUACAGGUUUAGUAAAGCCUGCAAAAUCAUCAUCUCCAUGGAGCCCAUUGAACCUGAUCUAGAGCUCUCAGAAGAGAUGAACAAGAAAAUACGAGAGUUGAGGACGAGCCUCUACAACAACAUGGCAAUGUGUCAGCUGAAAUACAAUAAUUACGAACAUGCGAUUGAGUUGUGCACUAAAGUACUUCAGAGGGACGAAAAUAACGUGAAAGCUCUUUAUCGGAGGGGCUGUUCUUAUGGGGGCACUAGGAAUAACGAAAAGGCGAUCGAGGACUUGCAGAGAGCUAUCGAACUAGAGCCUAACAACACUGCUGUCAGGGAGAAGUUGAGGAUUUAUAGUGAAAAGUGGAGAUUGGCGAAGAUUGAGGCUGAUGAUAUGGUUAAACGAAUGUUUAGAACUUGAAUAAUUUGUUUGGGAGGUGUGCAUAUGGUUGGGAAUUUAACACCGAAGACCUUGAAAUUCUAUCAUCCAAGCCACACGU